GAUGUUGGUGGAACCUCGUACUUGCUCAGAGUGAGAUAGGUCGACUGCACAGUCCCCACCUGGUGGGUGAGAUCCGGGCGUCGAUGGGGGCGAGCUCGGGGCCUCGCCGGAGUUCGGGCCAGGAGCCAGAUGGCACGGGCGACGGAGCGGACCGAAUCAGCGCCCUCCCCGACGACGUGCUCCUCCUCGUCCUCGCCCGCCUCCCUUGCGCCGCCGCCGCCGCCCGCACCGGAGUCCUCUCCCGCCGGUGGCGCGGCCUCUGGGCCCGCCUCCGCCAGAUCGUCCUCCGCGACGUGCCCUUCUCCUCGAUCGAGGCGGCGCUCGGCCGCGUCCCUCCUCCGCCGCCCGCAGUUUCCCUCCUCAAGAUCCGCGUCCCCCAGAGGCAGCGGCGCAGCUGGGGCUUUCCCAAUCCCAACCCCAAGAAGCACCGGGUAGACAGCGCCGGCGUCAACUCGCUGCUCCGCGCCGCCGCGCGGCUCGAGCCGGAGAGUCUCGAAUUCCGCCUCCCCGCCGGCUUAAUCGGCCGUUCCCGCCUCGCCGUCGACCUGCCUCGCUUCGACGGCGCCACGUCCAUCGCGCUGGACUUCGCCUCCCCCUUCUCCCUCCGCGUGCCGGCCGGCGCCGAGUUCCCCGCACUCGAGGCGCUGUCCCUGACGUACUGCAUCACCGACCUCGACGCCUUGCUCUCCUGCUGCCCGCGCCUGCGCACGCUCCGCCUCUGCAGGGCUUUGUUUCCCAACCAUAAGUGCGACGUCAGGGUCAGCUCCCCGUCGCUGCAGGAGCUCGUUGUGUGCCGCGAGCUCAGCCUGACACAGCGUGUCGUCAUCGUCGCGCCCGCGCUUAAGCAAUUGAGCAUGUCAUUUAGCACGAUGGAGCUGAUCGGCACCUCUGUCUUGGCACCAUUGGUGGAAAAGGUUUCGUGGCACUGCUAUUACUUGGGGCCGUAUGUUGUGUUUGGUCUUUGGGGCAUCAACAAGGUGCGGCUGCGGCUGCAGACAGCAGACACACAAGAACAGAUAUCCUCGCUGCAAAUUCAUGCCUGGGCGGACACGUCUCUUUUGCACGCCGAGGCGGGCAACUUCACGCAGGAGAUAGAGAAACAUAUGGUUGCCGCCUUCUCUGUUUUAGAGCUGCAUCUCACAGCAAAGGGGCAUGCUUUUGGAGCGUUUGUGUUUCAUUUCCUUGGGAUGGAUCGGAUUCGUACUGCUACGCGGAGGCUUAAGGUCGUCCUAGAGAGAUCAGCGAUGAAAGGAGGAUGCCUGCCACUUUGUCCUUGUGAGUUUCCGAACUGGAAGUCCCAAAUUAUCUGCUUGGCUGCUCUCGAAGAAGUGGAGUUCAAUGGCUUCGAAGGAAAGGAUCAUGAGUUUGAUUUACUGAAAUUGAUAAUCGGAUGUGCACCGAUGCUAAAAAGAAUGAUUGUGAAGCUGUCACAAGAGACCUCGGCAAGUAAUGAUGGAUGCGCAAAGAUACACAACAUCUUCAAGGCAUGUUCUUCUGUGGAAUGUGAUGUUUAUGACAGCUCUGGGCUAAUGUUUGGUUGCUUUAACUGAUCAUCUGGCGUGCUCUUUUGCCAGUGUACUGUACUAGCCAUAUACAGGGUGUUCAGAUAAAUCUUGUAUGGUUUCUGUGUCGUUCGACUAUUGAAGUUAAUGCACUCUACCAGUGACGUCAGUCAAGCUGAUUAUCAUGUUAAGCCUAUGGUUUCAACUCCUAUUUUGCGUUGUUUCAUUGCGACGACACACUGCAUGUUUUCAGCGGGAGUAAAAUGAUCUGCAGUGAAUGUUCUUCCCAUCACAGCUCUUUCUGCUUAUAGGUGUGAUAGAUGAACCAAACGGCUCUGAGAUAUAUAGCUCAGUAUCUUAAACUGAGAAUUAUCCCUUCUUUUCCAACUACUGCACCUUAUAUGAUGGACUGAAGAUGCAUCUUUGUGUCACUUCUGUUUUAGCAGAAUAUGUGUCAUCUUGUGUAGAUGCAACAGGAGCAUUGCGUCGAUGGCUGGGUAUGAGAUAUGCAAGGCGGAAGUUGAUUACUGGCGACGCUUGUUGCCCGUGUGCGAUAUAUGGCGAGGGGUAUCCGGGCUGCCGUUGAUUCAGAACUCUUUGAAGCUCUGAUUGCUGAUACAACGCCGACGGCAAAGGCGUGGUUAUUCGGCUUGAGUGAGAAACUACAGCAAAAGAUGAGUUUGUAACACCGUUGGGCAGUCUGGUACAACGACUAGUCCGCUGAACGCCAUCAGGCCUUGUAAAAUUUUGUGCCUCUUUUUUGUGAAGUGAGACAUGUAAGGCUUUCGGAUCCUCAGAA